CAGUGCUACAAGGGAGAUGCUGGUUAUCUGCAUUUCUCUCCUCACGAGUUGUCACGCUAACAGCUCGAGAGGAGAGCUGGUAAUCAGCAUCCCUCAGAGGGGACAUGUACACUGAUCAUCAGGGCACUGAUGAUCCGUGUGCCCUGAUGAUCAGUGUAGCCCCAGCAGUGCCACCUGUCAGUACCCAUCAAUGCCACCUGCCAGUGCCCAUCAGUGGCACAUCAAUGCCACCUAUCAGUGCCAGUCAGUGCCACCUA